AUGGUAGUCGGCACGUUAUUAAGUCCGAAUAUUAUUCCCAUCAACACAAACAAUUCUACUCCUAAGCAGGCUCCGUGUAGCCCUGAUGAACAAGUGGUGCUGAAUGUUGGCGGUGAACACCAUGUGGUUCACACUUCAGACAUGAGACGCUAUCCCAAUACGAUGUUCGCUCGUAUGGUGGACCAAAUUUGGAGGAAAGAUUUAGGUCCGAAAACCAUAUUUAUCGAUCGAUCUCCGAAAUAUUUCAAACUGAUUCUGGAGUUUAUUGUACAUGGGACUGUACAUCUCCCACGAUCUGACAUAGAGUUGGCUGAAAUUAUUCAGGAAGCCGAAUUAGACGAAUUGAUAUCGUUGGUUAUACGUGAAGAUCGUCGUUGCUUUGGUGAAGGACCGCCCUUUUUCCCGAAAGACAGAGUCGUUUGGAAAACGUGUAAUUUUUGGAGACAGAUGAUAGCCAGAGGUUGGAGUUUCGACGGCAACAAGGCGCAGUUACCAUUAUGUUUCACGCAUUUCACU